GAAGAAGAAGAAUCCUGAAGGCUGGAGAAAAUGUACAAGGCUGGAGGAGUCGCUGGAGCCUCUGGAACUCUGGGAUUGUUUUCAGCCUCAGUGCUGGCGGCGUCCGCUGAUGACAAGCCCAAAACAACACUCAGUGUAGAGGAGUUGUCUCUGUAUAGUGUGCCACAGCAGAACAUCCAGCCGGUGGAGUCUGAGAGAGGACAGCUGGAGGAGAGAGUGGCUGAACUCAGACUAAUGACAGAGCCAUAUCUCACCUGGUGUCAGGGUGCCUAUGGAACGGUGAAACCCAAAGUUGACAGCACUGUACAGUUUGGACAGAACAGUUAUGCCUACUUGAAGAAUCCUCCACCUGAGUUUUAUCCUAGAGCAGGAAUCAUCGGCUUUGCUGGAAUCCUGGGACUUUUUCUAGGAAGAGGCUCCAGGCUGAAGAGACUGAUCUACCCAACGGGUUUAAUGGCAGUUGGAGCAUCCAUGUACUAUCCUCAAGAGGCCGUGACCAUUGCUAAAAGCACAGGAGACAGUGUGUACGACUGGGCGCUUCAGGCUUAUGUUACUGUGGAGAAACUCUUUAAAGACAAACCUGCCUCAAAGAAAGACAAGCAAAAGGAUAAAGUGGAGAAGAGUUCCAGUGGAGAGACCAAAGAUUAGGUAUGUUAUAAUAAGGUACAUCAGAUCUCUCGGGAUGUUGUUUGUGUGUGUGGUGGAUCUCCAAUACUGCACAGUUUUAUGACCUGCUUUUGCACUCACCGCUUCCUCUUUCAUCUGUCACUCGCAGACAGGAGGUAGCGGUUCAUCUGGAAAUUUUUAAACUUGAACAACUACUGGAACCGUGUGUAAAAAUACACUGGCGCACCAAAAUAAAUUAUAUAGAGACAGUU